GACAGCAAGCAAACGAAGAUAGUAAUAUUCGACGAGUUGUUUGCUUUUCACUCCGCCUCGCUMCAUUUCUAAGCAAACCAACACACGACGAUUAUGGCAAUUUACAACACGAGUUCGAACAACAACCAUGCCAGCAAUGCUUCUGUCCUUAGCAUAGUUAUCGGAACCACGUUUGUGGUCGGAACGCUUUCGUCCGUUGGAUGGUACUAUUACUUCACCCGUGCGACAAUAAGCAAAGACAGCGGGGAUGACAAUGGCAGCAACAAAAGCAGUUUGUCCCCCGCAAAGCCAUCGUCGUCACUCAUCAAACCACCUUUUCCGCAGACGCUCCGGGACAUGCUGUCCGUGUGCCGACUGGCCUACCUUUCCACCGUCGACAACGCAGCGGGAAGCUCCCACUUGAGCCUGAUGCGUUUCACAUACCUCCACGACGAAAGUGACGGCGAGGUCGUCAUCAUGAGCACGAAUCGUAAGACGAAAAAAUUCGAUAUGCUCUGCCGCCAGAACGGCGUGGCCCUGCUAGUCCAUGACUUUGACGGCAUCACGAAGCAGCAGCUGGCGGCUGCCGCAGCAAACGAGAUAAACGACGACGACAAGGCCGACCCGGAGCACCCCAAGAUCCUCCGGUCCAUUACACUCAACGGAAACUGCCGGAUCCUGGACGGUUCUUCCGACGAGGAACGCUACCGACGGGCACACCUGGCGCACAAUCCCGACUAUCCCCAGUUCAUCGUCGGGGACGACAUUGCCGUCCUGUGCAUCGACGUGACCUCGGCGCGGAUCUGUGACCUGAACGACCGGGUUGUUCACUGGAACGUAGAGGACGCGGCACUCGCGGCGGCGACUACAGCAAUGCCACCGUCGCCACUGGCGGAAACGGCAAGGGUUUAGAAGAGGACAGGGAGGAUCGAUAGGACAGUCACCCGACAUCCCUAUGCG